AUGUCUACAAGUAUUUCGUCAACCACGAAACGGCGCAAAACAAAAAAGAGCAGACGGGAACGUGAACGCGUCAUUCUCAAACAAUUUGUAAGUACUCUUGCAUAUACAUAGACGCGCAUCGCAACACACGCGCUGCCGUGUAAAUUGACAGACUGACACUAUGUAGGACAACGACCUCGAAACAACAACGCCAGAACACUGGGGAGAAGCAAUGGAGAAGGUGCCGGACUUGUCUCAAUUCUUAAUUCAACUAGUUGGUGCAUCUGAUUCGCAGGACUUGAAUUAUUGGACUAAAGACGCGUAGGACCUCGCAUCAGCAUCAACUUCGAAUUCAUCUCAGCUUCAAGAAAAUGGCUUGCCUAAUCUUUCCAAUGGGACCUGGAGCACACUCAUGACCUUUCACGUAUUCAAAAAGCUACCCCCGGAGCUACGCCACAGGAUUUGGGAGCUCGUCGACCAGAUUCCGCCCCGACUUGUGGUGAUUCCGCAGCAGCCACAGGUUUACCCAGCCAUAACUCAAGUGUGCUCUGAAAGCCGAGCUGUUGCUUUCAGAGGAUACGUCAGGUUUGAAGACCCAGAGUGUCAUAAUGACAAUGCUCCUGCCAUUUGGCUCCACCCUCAUCGGGAUACUCUUUAUAUGAGAACAUCUUUACUCAGACGGCCCUAUUAUCAAGAAAUCUCCGGUUCAAACCUUGCAGAUGUCGUUUUCCUCGAACUAUCACUUUACCUCAAGCUUCUCAGUUCGGCCAGAAAUGUUGCUAUCCCUGUGCGCUGUCGAGAACUCCUCCAAUCAACCUUCGGAGCUGCGACUCGACUUGGUUGGCUGGGAGAGGGAGUUCCGAAAUGUCAAAUUGGCGAAAACGUCGAGUUUUGGAAAAUGAUUGCACAGUUCUGCCCAGAAGUGCAGUUCUUAUUCAUGAUUACUGGAAAUUGGGUGGAUGCCCGGUUUUACAAAGGCAUAGUGCAAUCACCUCGCGGAGAAUAUCUCUACAACCGCCUUGUGAAGUCAAAGCAGGUUGCGCGAGAUGCAGAAGCGUUCCUUGAAUUAUCGGACUUUUGGGGUGCGGAUCAGCAAGGCAGUCGCAAGUCAGUUACUGCAACAUGGAUACUUGGACGGUACCCCUCACUUGAUUUCAGUGUCCCUAGUCUCAUGAUUCCACAUGGCCAAUCUUUACAGUACCAUAAUUGA